AUGCCUCGUUCGCCUAUCAAACCUCCAAAAACUUCCUCUUCUCCUUAUCCACCAUCAUCGCCCACGAAACGGCUUUCCCAGUCUCGACCUUCAGUCAGCAUGCCCAAGUCUCAGGAACCUUAUCGUUUCGACUUUGGAAAAUACAAUGGGAAAACCUUGUUGGAAGUGCCACCAUCGUAUAUCACCUGGUGCAUAAACGAGGGGGUUACAGAAACAAGGCCACAGCUGAAGAAAGCGAUAAAAAGCUACAUGCAGAGUCCACCCGCAACCGAACUCGCUGCUGCAACGAGUUCCAAACCUCAGCGCACAUCUGUGACACAAGCAAUUGCACAACGAGAAAAGCAACUUCGUGAAUCUAUGGGCCAGUGGCUGCUCGAUGAAUGUUGGAUGGCGUUGCAAGUUACAGCACCUUCAACAGAUGGCGGCCAACGUUCUGUCACAGUCACAGAAGAGAGAAAAUUGCAAAAGAAGUGGUUGGAUAUAUUGGAAGCAAGUACUACCGCUGAAUUUGUCAAGCAGUAUCCACCACGACCCCAGAAUGCAGAGGCGGAACUGCCCAAGACAUCGCGUGCUGCUAACCGGUUGAGAGAGACCCUUGCCUCAUGCCCUGUCGUGAGCAGUGGAAUGAUCGAUUUUCCUAUGCUUUCAGAUGCUGAAAGGUUAUGUGUCACGGCAGAGUACGAUCAGUUGACGGGCAAAAUUAUUGGUUGGUCUUGGAGUAACGACUUUAUUAAGGACGUGAAGAAAUGCUUGACGGCUGUGAAACGAGAAUGCGGGGAUCGAGGAUUAGAGGCUGCUGUUUGGGAAGUGAGAGAUGUGUACUCAAGUUAUGUUGGAGGCAUCACUUGCGAGAAACGAGGCAUGAACCAAUCCGAGUGUUACGUCUUUCAUGAUCAAUCUGUGUAUUGGUUCAAAUCCCUUCCUAAACGACCAUGA